AUGAGUGGGAGGCAGUUCCUCUCGCGCCACUACAACCUGCACAACCUCUACGGUUACACCCAGACCCUCCGGACCUACGACUCCUUACGGCAGGUCACCUUGCGCCGACCGUUUAUCAUUUCCCGGUCAACGUUCUCGGGCCAGGGUCGUUACUCGGGGCACUGGAGCGGAGACAUCGAAUCUGACUGGGACUCCCUCCGCUCUUCCAUAUCGUCGAUGCUCACCUUCAACAUUCUGGGCGUUCCGCUGACCGGCUCGGACAUCUGCGGCUUCUGGGACAAUACCACCGUGGAGCUGUGCAACCGCUGGCACGCCCUGGGCGCCUUCUAUCCGUUUGCGAGGAACCACAACGCCAAGGGAAACAUCGACCAAGACCCCGUGGCCAUGGGAAGUCAGGUGGUGGCGACGGCCAAGAAGACGCUCAAGAUACGCUACUGCUUCCUGCCCUACCUGUACACGCUCUUCUACCGCAGUCACGCCUUCGGAGACACAGUGGCCAGGCCACUUUUCUUCGAGUUUCCGAAGGAUGUGAACACGUUCGCCAUCGAUUCCCAGUUCAUGUGGGGACCGGCACUGAUGAUCCUGCCUAUUCUUGAACCGAACAUGACGGACGUGAAGCCAUACCUUCCCCGGGGCAUCUGGUACGACGUGAUGCUGGGCGCACCGUUUCACAGCGCGGGCGAGGACUUCCAGAUGACUCCCCUGAACGAUACCCUGUGCCUGCUCAUUCGGGGUGGCCACGUGGUGCCGUCGCAAGAACCGGCACAAACAACAGCAGCUAGUCGCCUUAAACCCUUCAACCUGCUUGUGGCUCAAAACCGAGACGGGUUGGCCUCAGGAGAGCUGUACUGGGACGACGGAGAGUACAUCGGUUCCUACGAGAAGGGGGAAUACAGCCUCGUCAAAUUCAUCGCCGUCAAGAACACGGUGUCCAGCAUGUGCGUGCACUGCAGUUACGACACCAUCAUGUUGCUGAACGCCGUCACGGUGUACGGCAUAGGCGAAAAGCCCGUUGACGUCCGCUUCAACAAGCAGUCCACCAACUUCACCUACAACCCGUCCGGGCAGUUCAUGAAGGUGUCCAGCCUCCACUACCAGCUUACGAAACCUUUCGUUUUGACAUGGAGCCGCUGA